AUGGUUUUAAAGGCGGAAUACACUAAGAGCCCAACUGCAACCUUCCCCUCCAGUGUUCCCUCCUGCAGAUCCCUGUCAUCCAGUGAGGCUGGCCCCAGUGGCCCCUCCGGCCUCUCAGAUGGGGAGCUGGCCCGGAACUUACAGGACAGCGUCACGCACCGCAUCCUGUACCUCUCAGAACAGCUGAGAGUGGAGAAGGCCAGCCAGGACAGGAACACUGUGGGCUUCCUCAAGCUGGUGUCCACAGCCGACCGGCACCAGGCCCCCCACGUCUGGCGGGCCUUCGAGGAGGUGAACCAGCGUGCCUCUGCCACCGUUGCCCAGAUUGAGCGAAGGCUCCACCGGUGUCACCAGCAGCUGCAGGGCUUAGCGCUGAGGGCAGAAAGCAGCCCGGGGGACAACUGCGAGCAGCCCAGCGAGAAGGCUCUGUUUUCAGAGCCCCCCAAGCCGGGUGCGGAAGACUGCCCGUCCACCGACCUGUCUGAUGUCAUUAGACACUUCUCUCCGGAGAGUCACUCCCCAGCCUUGCAGCAGGGGAGGUCCUCGGAGACCAAGCAUGGGGCCCAGCUGCAAGCCCUGCUGUGGCAGAAGGUGAAGGAAGAGUGGAUCAAAGUCAAGACCUUGCACCUCAGCUUGCAGCUGUCCUAUCAGAGCCUCAAGGGGCGGUAUGUGACCAACCUCUGGGAGGAGAAGUGCAGGGGAGGGCAGCUGGAAGGACAGGUGAAUGAGCACCUACAGGGGCACCUGGACAAGAUUUACCACCUCAAACAGAAUCUGGCCUGCACCCAGGAGAGAAUGGCCUAUCUGUCCUACGAGAGAGCCAAGGAGACAUGGGAGGUUAUGGACACGUUCAGGAGCCGUGCAGCCAAGCUGGAGGCUCUGCAGCAGGCGACCCAGCUGGAGGUGACAGAGAGCGCGCGUAGCCGGCGCCGGGGCUUCCCGCGCCGCCGCGCCAGUCUGCUGUGCACGCUGGCCGCCGUCGUCCUGGUCCCGGUCCCCAGCGCGCGCGCCUGCUCAGUGCCUCCGCUGAACUCGCGCCUGCGCACGGGCGCCGCGUUCCUGCUCGUCGCGCUGGGCGCCCUGGAGUGGCAGAAGCAGCGUGCCGUCCCCGCCGCAGACAGGCAGGCCUGGCUCCCCUCCAGAUGGAGACUGUGUUCCGGGGAUUCCAAGCCUCUGCCAGAGGGGCCUUAAAGGGCCUGGCUUCGCUAGCUCCUCCCGCCUCCCCAGACAGCUGCUUCUCGGCUCUCCCUUUCUUGUUCCAUCACAAGCAGCCCAAUGAGAGAAUCUGAACUGGAGAUCACUUCAGGCGGCAGCAAGACAAACCCAAGUUAGACGUGGGAGCUAAGGACCCAGGCAUUGUGACCAGGUGGCCCUGGGAAACUUGAAAAAUGGAAAGGCAGCUGCAAGCCUUCGCUGCUCUGAUGGCCGGGGGCCUGGAGACAGGCUGCACGCGCCCUUAAGAACACGAUUCUUAGUGGGAGAGAAAGGAGACGCAGAGGUCAAACCCAACUGGCUCCACUGGGGAACCAAGUCACUAUUUGGAACCGGGCGAAAUAGAAGGAGACUCAAGCAUCUCCUCUGCCUUUCCCACGCACACCGUAUCCCGGGGGAACCCGAGAGCACGUGAGAGCCAGUUUCUCUUUAUCAAAGUAGUGAAGCUAAUAAAUGAAGACAGGGUCAGAAGAAUCCCAACGUCACCAUUUCGAAAUCCCCAGUGGUUCAAUGGGUCCUCGCGUUGAGCGUCAGCAGCUGCCAACACUGUGGAAAAAGGGACACCCUCCUCAUGGAGCGGCCUUGCCCAAACGCCUGACACAUCCGCCUGGCUGCCCGGCAGACCUUCAGCUCGACAGCUAGUGGACGGAAACAGGCGUGGCGGAAGGGGUGGGGAGCCGUCAGCAAAGUCUGAAGCGGGUACCUACCGAAGAUCUACAGAGGAGAUGAUGUGAUGUCUUGGAUCUGCUUCCAGAAAUCAGCAGGAGUGGUUAGUGGAGGGGGUUAGA